AUGGGAGACGAUUGGUGUUGGUGGCGUGACGAGAGUCCAAAGACGCAUCAUUCUACUGUCAAGUCAAUCAGUCAGUCAGUCAGUCAGUUAGGCAGUCAACCCCAACCAAAUAAAUGCCGGUGUGCUUUCUUCUGUAUUCACUUUGGUGUUGGCCCACUUCCUCGACAUGGAUCUCCCAUUUUGUUGAUCGUGUACAAAGCGAUCACCCACGAAGGUGGAAUGAGUGACAGUGGUGAUCACUGGAGGCGAGGUGAAAGUGAGUUGGGACAUGAGAUUAGUGACAUUUUUCGAUCACAAAAACAAUCGAUUCUUUGGAAUGGAACCCAACGUCUAUUAGUUGUCAGAAGCAGUUAA